AUGGCAAGAGAAAUUGAAUUUCAAGACCUUCCAGAAUCUAUUGUUUUGAGAAUUUUCAGUUUUACGGCAGAAAGGCGUAUUUUUAACUUGUUCAGAUUAAGAAGAGUUUGCAAGAGAUGGCUUCGUUUGUCAGAAGAUCCGAGUUUGUGGAGGAAAAUACCUUUUCCAAACUGUGAUAAUCUUUGUUAUGAGGUGCUGAAACGAGUUUUUUCUUGGUGUGGAAAUGUUAGGAAUGUUGACCUUUCAAACUGUGGUCGGAUGGAUGAUAAAUGUUUUGAACUUAUUGCCGAUCAAUGUCCCAAUUUAGAAGUCCUCGAUUUGUCUGGUUGUCGACUACUGAGUGAUGUCGGGUUGGCGAUGUUAUUCAAGUAUUGCCACCGUCUCCGCUGUUUAAGGAUCACAGUGCACAAAGCAAAUGUAUCACCAAACGUCAUAGAGGAUUUGAUCAACGCCUGUGCGUCACUUCAAGAACUGAGAGUUACUUGUGAAAGAGACGAAAACUCGAACGAGGCAGAAUUUUUUUUCUGCUUAAACGAGAAAGUGUUGAGCGCCGUACAAAUGAACUACAACUUGAAAAAGGUUUAUUUCCUUAAUUCAGGAAUCGAUGAAGAAGUGAUUGAUUUAACAGACCGCAAGUUUGAUUUGUUGGAAUUUGGGCUUACAGGCUGUGUGAGACUGACUGAUGAUGUUUUAUCUGUUAUCAGUUACUCUUGUCCUGCUCUCCAACUCCUGGAUGUUUCUUACUGUCCAGGUAUUGACGAUGAAGGUAUUUCCAUUGUUGCUCAGUCUUGCCAAAGUCUACUGCAUCUUAUUGUUAAAGGAUGUCCUUGUGUCACUGAUGUGUCAAUAGAAAAUGUAGCAAAACACUGCAGACUGCUUCAGACUUUGGAAGUUUCAGGUUGUGAAUUGCCAAGACCUGCAGGCAAUAUCACUGAUGUUGCAGUGCAAAGAAUUGCUGAGAAAUGUUUGGAUUUAUGCCAGUUAAAUGUUAAAUGGUGCCAAGGUGUUACUGACAAGGGUAUUCUUUCAAUUGCAUCAAAUUGCCGAAAGUUGUCUCAUCUUAACAUCUGCGGCUGUCUUGGGAUUUCUGAUGCAUCUAUUAAAAUGAUUUCAGCGUCCUGCCAAAACCUAAGGAGUUUGGAGAUCUCAGAAUGUUUGCGCAUCACACAGAGUAGCAUAAAUGACAUCUUGCAAAGCUGUGUCAAACUUACAUAUCUCGACAUGCAAGUUUGCUCGUAUGUUAACGACCUUGAGUUUAAAUCAGACAAAGCCCAGCACCUCUCCCUUGGCCAUGUGGAUCUGUCUUACUGCACCAAGAUAACAGACAGAACUUUGAAACAAAUUGGAAACUCCUGUCCAAAUCUUACUUCCUUAAGCAUUGCUGGGUGUCAUAAAAUCACAGAUACUGGGGUUAUCAGUCUUGCAAAAAGUUGCAAUAAGCUGCAGUAUUUUGAUAUGUCAUUCAGGGGAAUGCAGACAUCUGCUCAUAUCACCAGUGAAUCCAUGAGUGCUCUUGCAUCAAAUUGUUUAAGCUUGACUUAUUUAGAUGUCAUAGGAUGCCUAAAUAUCAGCGAGCCUUCCAUUUACUCCAUUAUAGGAUCAUGCAGGUACCUAAAACAAUUCAAUGUUACUCAAUGUGGUGAUAGACAAGAUUCACAGCUACAGCUGCGUAUAAGUAAAUUUAUCUUGCUGCAUCGAUCUUCUUACAGUUGUGAGGAAAUGAUCUCAUAUUCACGAGGAAGAAAAUCAGCACAAAAUUUCCUUUUCAAAAUUGCAGCUCCUAAUUUGUAG